UUAAUUGCAUUCUUUCCCUUUCAGACUACCAUAUUAGCUGUUAGGUUCAAUGGAGGGGUUAUCAUUGGGUCUGACUCCAGGGCAUCCAUUGGAGGGUCAUAUGUAUCUUCCAAAACAAUAAACAAGCUUAUCCAGGUCCAUGAAAGGAUAUUCUGCUGUAUUGCUGGUUCCAAAAUAUUCCAGCAGGUUUCCCCAGGUUGUAUCCAGAUGGGGUCCCCUCCACUUGUGAAGGCUGCUGCUUCUGUGAUGAAGGAGCUCUGCUACCGCAGCAAAGAGGAACCUCAGGCAGGCUUCAUCACCACAGGCUGGGACAGGAGGAACGGACCUCAGGUGAGUCCACUAUCCCUGGGUGGGAUGCUGCUCUGUCAACAUUUCACCAUUGGAGGAUCAGGGAGCACGUAUAUCUAUGGCUACGCUGAUGCCAAGUACAAACCCGACAUGAACCGUGAAGAGUUCUUACAGUUUCCCACCAAUGUUAAACAAAGUGCCAUAGGUAGAGAUAAUGUCAGUGGUGGGGUGGUACACCUGGUAGUGAUCACGGAAGAUGGAGUCGAGCAUGUGUUCAUCCCUGGAGACAAGCUUCCCAAAUACCAUGACGAGUAGAAAAACACUGUUUGAAAACCAAUCAUUGUGUAACAUUAAAGGGAC